AUGUGGAUUCUACCGCUCAUCGGGUACAUUGGUGCCGUCCUCGGCUUCUGUUUUCUUACUAUGGCCAUCGCGUCGGGCCUGUACUACAUGUCGGAGCUCGUCGAGGAAAACACGGUCAUCGCGAAGCGACUCUUGACGAAGCUGAUCUACGGCAUCAUCGUUGCUCACGUGUUCCUGUGGCUGGUGGACGGCCUGCCCUUCCUGGGAACACUGUUUGGCAUAUUCUGCCACGUGGUGUACCUGGGAAACAUGCGCAAGUUUCCGUUUGUGAAGCUUACAGAUCCCCUGUUCAUCCUGACAUGUGCUGAUCAUUAUAUCUGGUUCCGACACUUCUCACACGCGCAGGCGCGCUCCUAUUCCCGCUCUGGGUACUACGACGACGUCGACAUUCCGAGCUUCACCCAGAUCGCCUCGUACUUUGGUCUCUGCGUCUGGCUCGUGCCCUUCUCGCUUUUUGUCAGUCUCUCGGCGGGCGACAACGUGCUGCCUACGAUGGGCACUUCAGAGCCCACGCGGGACAUGGACGGCAAGGUGAAGCACCAAGGCAUGUUCAAGUACCUUGUCGAUUCGAUCCGUGGGGCGAUCGGACAGGGCUUCCAAGGCUUAGACAGACCGUGA